GAUGGAGAGAGAGACAAAAACACGGUCGCAAACUUCGAGGAACUCAAAUUUUAGCCGUAAGUCCAAAGUCACAUCACAUAUGUAGGAGAGAGGCUGAGCUCCGUGUCAACGGACAAGCCAACACCGAACCAGACAGACGCUCCCACCGUCGUCUGCGUGUUACCGAAGGCAACUCCAUACCUGAAGGUAAGGUACAGAAAAGGGAGAGAAAAUGGUGGGGAUGGUGAUGACGAUGAAGAAGCAACCCUCACAUUCGCAGUGGUGGUGGCUGGACGGCCGCCACAACACCACCAAGCGUUCACCGUGGCUUCAGUCCACGCUAUCAGAGCUAGAUGACAAGACGGAAACAAUGCUGAAGCUGAUUGAGGGAGACGCGGACUCUUUCGCACAGCGAGCGGAGAUGUACUACAAGAAGAGGCCCGAGCUGAUGAGCAUGGUGGAAGAUUUCUACCGCGCGCACCGCCUUUUGGCUGAGCGGUACGACCAGCUCAAGUCUGAGGCGGGGACUCGCCUCCUGACAACUGUUGGGUCACCAUUUUCCUGUAACAAGUAUCGCCAUGAGAAGUCGAUGUCGGCGAUGGACCAAAACUACGACAGCUACUCCGAGUCCUUUGAGCACGGGGAGACCACCGAAUCCGAAGUCGAGGAUCUUGAGGAGGAGGAAGAAGUAACCGGACACAGGCGCCAGGAAACUGAAAGCACGGGAGACAGGAUCGAACAUAAGCCCUGCCAGAAGAAUGAAACCGUGGUUUCUCACGAAAAGGAUGACGCCCAGGUGCACGAAGAGGCGAAAGAAGAGGCAGGAUCGUGCUGGUUCAGCGAGGACGAAGUGAAGAAGCUGAAGGAAGAAAUAGAGAGGCUCAAGGAAGAGAACAGUAUGCAGAAGGAGAAGCUGGUGCAGAAGGAUGAAGAGAAGAGGGAGGUGAUAAGGCAGCUGAGUCUGACUGUGGGAGUGUUGAAGGAUGAGAAUGUGAGGCUUAAGAAGCACAUUGUUGCCAGAGAAGCCAAGAAGUUUAAUCUCUUUGAGUUUGACAAAUUUAAGGGUGGAUUUCUGGCGAAGCUGUUCAAUGGGUCUUCAAAGUCCCCACCCACAGUUGUGGCUCUGUAGAUGGGCUUGACUUGUAACAUUAUUUAGUGUACUAAGCAGUAGAGGACCAUGUGCUCUAAAAUCAAGACUUAAAAAGCAUAGUUAGGGCCAUAGUUAAGAAGUCGGUUUCUUUUCUCAAUCAUCAGGUUUACUUUGAUAGGAUCAGGUUGUAAUAUCAAUGUAUUCUUUUACAGCUAUAGCUUAAAUGAUAUGGGACAUGAUUAGGCCAGCUUAUUAAA